AUGACAGUUCUUAUUGUUGAUAAUGGAGGAUAUUCGAUUAAGUAUGGUUUUUCUUUAGAUGAUUCUCCAAAAAUUGCACCAAACUGUAUUGCAAAAUCUCUUUCUGAAAGAAGGAUUUAUAUAGGAUCCCAGGUUUUAGGAUGUAAAGACUUCUCUUCACUUCGGUUUCGACGUCCGAUUGACAGAGGUUAUCUUGUAAAUUGGGAGUCUGAAAAGGUUAUUUGGGAUCAAUUGUUUUCUCAAAAAGAUUUUAUUGUCGAUUAUAAUGAAACAUCACUUCUUCUUACUGAGCCUCCGUAUAAUUUUCCCCAAUUGCAGUUGGCUUAUGAUCAAAUUAUUUUUGAAGAAUAUGAAUUUCAAUCAUAUUAUAAAUGUAUUGCUAGUUCUUUAGUUCCGUGGAAUAAUGAAAAAAUUUAUGAAGUUCAGACAGAAAUGAAUAAACCACGAGAAUUCUCUCUUGUUAUUGAUAGUGGCUUUAGUUUUACUCAUAUAAUUCCUCUUAUUUCAGGUGAGAUUCAAUGGAAAGCGGUAAAAAGACUUAAUGUAGGAGGGAAACUUUUAACGAAUUACUUAAAAGAAAUUAUUUCUUUUAGACAUUAUGAUAUCAUGGAAGAAUUCUUUUUGGCUGAUCAAAUUAAAAAAUCAUGUUUUUUUGUGUCUUCUAAUUUUAAUGAUGAUAUAGAAAUUAGUAAAGGGAAGAAACCAGGUAAUCUUUCGAUUGAUUAUGUUCUUCCUGAUUAUAGUACAAAUAAGCAAGGAUUUGUUUUAACUCCAGGUUCGCAAAGGGAUUUAAUUGAAGAACGAUUGAUUUUGACUUUAAAGAAUGAAAGAUUUAUUGUUCCUGAAGUAUUAUUUAACCCGAGUAUAAUAAAAUUAAAGCAAGCUGGGAUUCCUGAAGCUGUUAUGCAAUCUUUGAAAUUAUUAGAAGAUGAUUUACAGGAGCUUUUAUUAGCAAAUAUUUUUCUUAUUGGGGGUAAUUCCUUUUUUAAAGGAUAUUCUGAAAGGCUUAGAAAAGAACUUCGAUCCUUAGUACCUGCACAUUGCAAAAUUUUGAUUUAUCAACCAUACAAUCCUGAUACAUUUGCAUGGAUGGGUGGCUCUUCCUUGGCUCGUAAUACUAAAAUAUUUAAUCAAAAAAAGGUUACAAGAGCUGAAUAUAUGGAAUAUGGGAGUAAUAUUUUUUUAAAAAAAAGUGGAUUAGAUCGUAAUAAAGAAUUUGAUUUGGUUUCUUAUGAAUAA